UUCCCAACGACAGGCAUCCACUUCAUUUGGCUUUCGACGGGAAGACGCGGUUGACCAUCGAUGGCCGCCGCGACGGCGACGGCAGCCUUCGUGGUCGUGCGCCCACGCAGCCGAGACUCAGCUAGCCACGCCUCUUCUCUCUCAACCGCCGGCGCCGGCACCCGCACUACUCUUGUCCACCACCGCGGCCACGCUGCACGCCGGCGCCUCCCGCUCUCUCGAGCCCGAGCUCUGCUGCCCCACGGCCUCCCCCUGGUCCUGGUCUCCGACCACUGGGGCAACUGGACGGUCCUCCUGUCCGCGGCCGCGCUGGGCGUCUGGUCCGAGAAAAGCACCCGCGCCGGCAAGGCGCUGAGCGGCGCGCUGGUGAGCGUGCUGCUCGGCCUCGCCGCCACCACGGCCGGGCUCGUCGCCGCCGACGCCCCCGCCUACCGCGUGGUGCUGGAGUACCUGCUCCCGCUGGCCGUACCGCUGCUCCUCUUCCGCGCCGACCUCCGCCGCGUUGUCCGCUCCGCCGGCGCCCUCCUCCUCGCAUUCCUCCUCGGAUCUGUGGCGACGACGGUGGGCACGGUGGUGGCGUUCGCGCUGGUGCCGAUGCGGUCGCUGGGGCCGGACAACUGGAAGAUCGCGGCGGCCCUCAUGAGCCGGCACAUCGGAGGAGCCGUCAACUACGUGGCCGUCGCGGAGGCCCUGCAGGUGACCCCGUCGGUGCUGGCCGCAGGGCUGGCCGCCGACAACGUCAUCUGCGCGCUCUACUUCACCACGCUAUUCGCGCUGGCCGCCAAGAUCCCCGCUGAAGAGACGGUGCAUUCCAAAGAGGGAGUCAACGCCAGCGGCGAGCCCACUCCGGCUGCCGGCGGCGGCGACAGGCUGCCGGUCCUGGAGAGCACGACGGCGCUGGCCAUGUCGUUCGCGAUAUGCAGAGCAGGCAAGCACAUGACGGCCCUGCUGGGCGUACAGGGCGGCAGCCUCCCCUGCAUCACAGCAAUCGCGGUGGCGCUGGCGACACUGUUCCCCUCGCACGUCGGCAAGCUCGCCCCCGCCGGCGAGGCCAUGGCCGUGAUCCUGAUGCAGGUGUUCUUCGCCGUGGUGGGGGCCAACGGGAGCAUCCGCGACGUCAUCUGGAAAAGAAUUUUAUGAGACGUGGUAUUUAUAAAUCACAAAGCAUCCCUCACCCCCACUUAAAAUUAAAAAGGGAGAGAUUAGAUACUUUGUGAUUUGUGAAUGCCAUGUGUCAUUCAUCAGAGCGGGUCUCACCUGCUAACCGUGAGAUCUGGUCUCAUAUAAUUUUUUUCCACGUCAUUCACACGGCGCCCGGAAGCUGCUGCUCAUCGCGUCCAACGCCAACGUCGGCGGGCCGACCACCGCCUGCGGCAUGGCCACCAGCAAGGGCUGGAGCUCCUUGGUCGUCCCCGGGAUCCUCGCCGGCAUAUUUGGCAUCGCCAUCGCCACCUUCCUCGACGUCGGUUUCGGCAUGUUUGUCCUCAAGCACAUGUGACGCAAUGCACCUGCACUUGAUAGAAAGAAGAGAGAAUCAACCUGUAGUAGAGCCUGAUUUCAUGGGUCUUGUUCAGUCGGGUUGUCACUGAAACUGAAGUGAGUUCCUGCUCUGAUGGUGGGAAUGGUUCCUGUUCUGAUGGUGGGAAUGGUUUCAACUGGUAAAAAAUAGGUUCAGACAAUGGUAGGAUGCACUGCACUAAUAUAUAUGUAAUGUAUGUAUGGUCAUGGAAUUGCCAACUGAAUCAAUCAUGUGCUAUAUGGGAAGCUUGUAAGUCGCUUUCUACAAUAUGUACUAUGUGAAUAUCAA